CCUCUCUCUCGCUCCCCAUCUCUCUCUCUCCGUCCCGUUCCCCCCUGCCCCCGGCUGCUCCCCGCCCUGCUGCCGGCGGCCCUGGCAGAGCAGGCACCGCAGGGGGAUCUCGAUGUAACACCAUGACAGGCAUCGCCGCCGCCUCCUUCUUCUCCAACGCCUGCAGGUUCGGGGGCUGCGGACUCCACUUCCCAACCCUGGCAGAGCUCAUCGAGCACAUCGAGGACAACCACAUCGAUACAGACCCACGUGUAUUAGAGAAACAAGAACUUCAGCAGCCAACCUAUGUUGCUUUAAGUUACAUUAACAGAUUUAUGACUGAUGCAGCUCGCCGUGAGCAGGAGUCUUUGAAGAAAAAGAUUCAGCCGAAACUAUCUUUGACUUUGUCAAGCACAGUGUCCCGUGGGAAUGUAUCUACUCCACCUCGCCACAGCAGUGGAAGCCUUACUCCUCCAGUCACCCCUCCAAUCACUCCCUCCUCUUCGUUUCGCAGUAGUACUCCUACAGGUAGUGAAUAUGAUGAGGAGGAAGUAGACUAUGAAGAAUCAGACAGUGAUGAGUCCUGGACUACAGAAAGUGCUAUCAGCUCUGAAGCUAUCCUUAGUUCAAUGUGCAUGAAUGGAGGGGAUGAGAAGCCUUUUGCCUGUCCUGUUCCUGGAUGUAAAAAAAGAUAUAAGAAUGUGAACGGCAUCAAGUACCACGCCAAGAACGGCCACAGGACGCAGAUCCGCGUACGCAAACCCUUCAAGUGUCGCUGUGGAAAGAGUUACAAGACAGCUCAGGGCCUGCGGCACCACACAAUCAAUUUCCACCCCCCCGUGUCUGCUGAGAUUAUCAGGAAGAUGCAGCAAUAAACAUGCUGGUCACAAAUGUGCCAAGAAAUCCUCACCAGCAGUUGCUGAUUUUGAGAACAGCCACCUUUGGUUUGGUUUGGGUUUG